ACUUUUUUGAGGAUUUGUAAUGUAAUCAAAGUAUUUAUUUUUAGGAAUCAUGGAUGAAAAAAAGAAAAGAAAACUUUACUCUGAUUCAAACCUAGCGGAAGCUCUGGAUCAAAUAUCAAAAGGCAUGUCAAUAUACCAAGCGUCAAAAACUUAUAACAUACCGGAGAGUACACUCAGAGACAAAAGGGAUAAAAAAUAUAAGAAUACAAAAUGUGGUACUCAACCAAUUCUGACAUUACAAGAAGAAAAACAAAUAGUGGAUUGGAUACAUUAUCUGGGAAGAAUCGGUUUUCCUGUUAGUAAGCAACAGUUGUUAGAAGUUGUUUCUAAACUUGUAAAAAGUUUAAAUCGGCCGAAUCCGUUCAAAGACGGAGUGCCCGGCAAAGGCUGGUUUCAACAAUUUAUGAAACGCCAUCCGACUGUGGCUAAAAGAGUGACUCAAAAUCUGCCUACCAGUAGGAACCAAGUCACCGAAGAAGCAUUAAGAGCAUGGUUUGACCGCGUUAGAGCGUACCUGCAAAAUCAAGAUUUGGUGGAUAUUUUUGAAGAUCCUAAGCGAGUCUUUAAUUGCGACGAGACUGCAUUUUUUCUAAGUCCCAAAGAAUCUCAAGUUUUAGUGAAGCGAGGUUGCAAACGAGUAUACACAAGAGUUGCCAAUGACGAUAAAGAAUGCCUUACUGUCUUGGUCAACGUUUCAGCUAAUGGUGAUAUCGCUCCACCAAUGGUACUAUAUCCUUACAAAAGGAUGCCACCUAAUAUAAAGUUCACAGUGCCAUUAUGGUGGGGUCUAGGAAACUCCGAUUCUGGAUGGAUGAACAUGGAAACAUUCUACAAGUAUGUCACUAAUGUGUUUUAUCCUUGGGUAUUACGGCAAAAAAUCACGUUACCAGUCGCGUUAUUUCUUGAUGGGCAUACUUCCCACAUAUCUUUGCCUCUAUCCACCUUUUGUAAAGAGAAGGGGAUAGUUUUGAUUGCGCUCCUACCGAAUGCAACUCACAUAUUACAGCCACUCGAUGUAGCCGUAUUUCGUUCAGUAAAAAGAGCCUGGCGAAAUAUUGUUCGUGAUUUUAGAGCUCUAAACGACUACACGAAAUUAAAACGCACUGAUUUCGCUUUAGAAGUUGAAAAAUGUUUUAAUGUCAGUUUAAAGGUUGAAAGCAUCAAGAACGGAUUUCGCUGCUGUGGCUUAUACCCGUUUAAUCCUGACAACAUUGACUAUACCAAAUUGUUAUCGACUAAACCGAAAUCAGCAGACGGUACCAGCACGGAAGACGCCUCCUCCUCAGAAAGAACUAGUAAUGAUACUAAUAAUAGGCAGUUUUCCCAGCAGUUUGAGGACAGGUUAUCCCCGGUUACAUUAUGGGCAUUUAAAGAUAACGAAGGCGACCAGUGGACAGGUGAACCUGCAUACACAAAGCUUUACGAUUUUUGGAGAAAACACUGUUUUAAAGGGGUACCAGCUUCAGACACAACAGACUUGGAGCUUGGGGAGUCCACCUUUACUAAUAAUGUCGAUAUUGAGAAUAUGACAGAACCGGUACUCAACUUCGUUGUAGAGCAUGAUGGCACAUUAACACGUGACAUGAAAGCUGCCUCGUCCUUGUCGCUUACAGCACAGAGCUCCAGCACACUUGUGAAUACAACUAACAUAGGUUUGUCUGAAAACACCAUUAUCGACAAUGUAUGUCCUAAUGCCGGCAUUGAUAAGAAAGCUUUGAAAACACCAACAACUUCUUUAAUGGCUCAAGUAAUGCGAACUUCAACACCGGAAUCAGCUCAAUGUUGUAGUCCCCUCAACUCGGUGUCCGAAAUUGAAUACAAUGAGAACAAUGACAUAGCGCAACUGCAUGAGAAACAAAAAAGAACCACUCAUGAGAAAAACCGUUGGUCACCUGUUGCUGGUUCCUUUAUAAGUGGGACUAAGACACCGUUGAAUCAGGCGGCUACACCUUCAAAUACUGAGUAGCAUGCACCUAUCGCUAGUACUUUUAAUAGUACAUCAUCGCUUCAACUUAUCCCGACACCAUUUAAACGUAUCAAUACGCCAUUCAAGAAAGCCUUAUAUUUUCCAAAAA